CCCAAAUUGGUUGUCUCUGCUAUAUGCAUAUAUAGCGAACCGGACAGCGUCUUGUUGAUGUUAAUUCAUAAUCUUCGUCACAACUAUAUUGAGAAUGACGUCCCUGAAGGCAUUGCCCGAGAACUACGCCACGGGCCUCAGGCUGAUCGAUGAAGCGCAUGCGCAAGACCCUAAAACCAUCGCCGGCACAGAUGGAAGCGGGACAAUUGCGUAUGAGCUACAUUAUGCACAAAAAAUGACGAAGUGGUUAGCGGCAAGAUAUCCGGAAGCGUCGCCAUCACUACAGCUUGCUAUCCGAGCUCAACAUUUCAGGAGAUGGGAGAUCCCUAGGAGCUCAUAUCCUAUGACGCGCCUGGGCUACUUGACCUGGCGUUCUAAGCAAAAGGCACAGGCUGCGACGCAGGUAGCGGAACUAUUGAGCUCGCCUUCUAUUAACCCUCAUCUCCCGGAGGAGGACAUAGACAGGGUCGCGGCACUGAUUCGCAAGGAGAACCUCAAGAACAAUGAGGAGACACAAGUUCUCGAGGAUACUGCUUGUCUUGUGUUCCUAGAUGACCAAUUUGACGAUUUUGAGAAGAAGGACGAGAUAGAUGAAGAGAAGAUCAUCGGUAUUCUGAAGAAAACGUGGGUCAAGAUGAGCCCAAAGGGCCAGGAAUUAGCAUUGGGGAUGCAGCACAGUGACAGGGCAAAGAGUUUGCUUGGAAAGGCGUUGGCGGGUUAAGCCCAAAAGGACUCAAUCGCUUCGUGCACUUUGAAAUUCUGGUGUCGCAACUGGUUGGGUUAACUAGGUUAGGACAUACUUCGGUUGCGUGACUAGGGAAUAUGCAACUGGUAGACAAAUCAAUCACAAGUUUUCAGGUUGUCUAUAUUGU